AUGCUGGUGGGCGUCGACGUGGUCAACUUUGCCUCGGACGCCGGGGAGCGCCUCCGCUCGAAGGUAGUGGCCGCCGUGGGCUCGUACAGCGACAACUUCACCCGCUACAAUGCCACGAUUCGCGUGCAGGUGGCCGGCGAGACGGAGACGAUCACCGAGCUGCAGGAGAUGGUGGUGGACCUGCUGAGGCAGUACGAGGCGGCCAACCGCUGCUUCCCCAAGAACCUCAUUCUCUUUCGCAGCGGCCUCUCCGACGGCCAGUUUGACCCGGUGCUCGAGGCGGAGUCGCCGGCGAUUCGCCGCGCCAUCGCCGACGUCGGCGCCACCAUCAAGGUGGUGUACAUUGUGGUGCAGAAGCGCCAUCACGCCCGCUUUGCCCUCGCGCAGCAGGACACCGGCGGCCGCAAGCCCACCUACAAUGUGCCCAGCGGAACGGUGGUCGACAAGGGCAUCGUCAACCCGGCCCGGCGCUGCUUCUACCUCAACAGUCACUUCUCCCCACUGGGAACCUCCCGCUCGUCCAAGUACACCAUUCUCCGCGACGACCUCAAGCUGAGCCCCGACGAGGUGCAGAAGCUGUGCUUCUACAGCUGCUACAACAGCUGUCGCACUCGAAGCGUCAUCUCGCAGCCCACCCCGGUCCGAUACGCCGACCUGCUGUGCCAGCGCUCCAAGAAUCACCUG